AGUGGUUUUGGUGCCCGCCUCUCACCCAAUGUGUUCAAUCCCCAUCAGGGGUACUUUCUCAUGGCCUCUCAAAAUGGACACUCUGCCCAGGAAACGGACUCGGUGUUAUUCUAUAAGCUGAACUUUCUUCACAUUAUCGAGCUAGAAUAAAUUUGUAUAUACUCAUCGAACCUGUGAUUGGAGAUCGAAAUUAUAUUUUUGCCCAAUGGGAUGACAGUAUUUUUAAAAUCUGCAAUACAUUCACUUAAAAAAAAUGAGCAGUCAGCUGUUAUAGUGGCUGAAUCAGUAGACAAAAUAUUCCCUCGAAUAAUAAGCUGUUUUAAAUCUGCACUCUCACAGAUUGAACGUUUUGUCAACUUUUUUAUUCGUUGUCUUGGAAUGAGGCAGUAUUUGCGGAACUGCAUAAAAACCAGGUAUAAAAGACGGCUGACAAAAAAAAUAGAUCAUAGAUUUUUAUAUUUAAGUUCAAAAAUGAUUUUUAAUGCAUUUUUCUUAAACUAUUAGUAACGGUUUAAGUCAUAAAACAUUAGUUUUCAAGCGUAAAUAUAAAAAUCUACGAUCUGAUUUUUGUCAGCAAUCUUAAAUCAUUGGUUUGCAGAUAUUUACGCAAAAAAAUGCUGUAUCCAAGACAAAAAAUAAAAAAGUUGUAAAAAUGGUAAAUCUGUGAGAGUGCAGCUUUAAGGGUUAUGUCAGUAUGUAUUUAUUUUGUUACCAAAAUAAAGAGCUAUGCGACUGCAUCGCAUUAAAUUGAUUAUUUUGGUAAACAGUAUUAUAACCGUGAACCAUUACAAAGGUUAUUACUUAAAUACUUUUAUGCUGUAUAUUAGGCCAAAAAAAAAAUAGAUGUGUUUCUGGUGGCCCGACCGACCGUAUUUUUUUACCGCCGACCGUAAUUUUUUUAUGACCCUUCGACCCACGCCGACGAUGUUCUCGGGUUCAAAUGAUAAUUAAGACGACAACAAUAUUAAAAUUCGUAAAUGUUAGACGGCGACGACACAAACUAUUCGCCGAUACUUAAGCUUAGCGUCAAAAUGGCGGCAUUAACGGAUGAUAACAAUAAUAUCUCAUCUUUUUUGAUCGCUAUAGAGCUUGCGGCUUGCGAACACAAGCCGGGAUCAAAACAAAUCAAAAAAGUCCCAACAAAUGCUACUAUCCGAAAUAUUUUUGAAGAAAUCCAUGGUCAAGAAAAAGGGAAAAUCGACGCACAAGUUUCGGUAAGAAAAAAAACUAAAAGUGUCUCGAGUCUUUGAUGAUUCAGUGAAACGUGAAAAGUAGUCUGCAUUCUGAAGCAAUGCAACUUGCAAUUUGUGGGAUGUUUUAGACACUCUCCUUUCAUAUGAACAUAUUAUUAUACAUCAGCCAAGGGCGUACUUAAUUCAAUUGGUUUGCAGUAUCCCUGUGAUUCCAGCAGGUGUGCAAGUUUUGAUUUUACACCUCAUAUUUUAUCUGGAUGUAUAAAUGAGAUGAAGAACCAAAAUUUUCAGUCCUGUAUGACGCCAUAUAUUUAUACCUACAUAUAGUGUUGGUUUGCUGUAACCCCCAUGUAAAUAUAUAUUAAAAUAAAUAAUGUACCUAGUCAGUGGGGGAGGGGGCAGAUGUGUCCGUAUUCCCCUAGAUUAGAAUUUCCAAAAUUAAGGGAUCUUCUGUAAUUUCUUAUUAAUUUUUUCUUUCCAGACCAACUUGCAUUCAAAUGAACUUUAUGAUGUCAAUCCAGACUUGACAAUUGGUGCCCUGAUGGCAAUUCAAGACAUAAAAUUACUACUGCUGAAGUGUUGUUGUGCAAGUGCACAGACCGCAGCCAUUCCAACAAAGGUGUCCCAAGCAGAAAAGGUCAACGCCUUCAACAUUCUGAUGAGCGGUGCUAAGGUUCCUCCAGUAAAAAAAGCUGUCUGCCAGAACAGAAAAGACGAAAUGUACAACAAUGUUGUGGAUAUGUUUGUCCAGAGAAACCUGAAAUUACACAGGAGUAUUGUAGCUGAUGAACGUGUCUAUGCUGUACAGGUAGUUACAAACGCUUUAUGGUAUUUGACGAACCAUCACACCACCAUCAAUGAUGCAGCUUUGCGUUUCAAGGAUGUUUCCUCAAUACCGGCAGAUUUUGAUGGUUUCCAAGGUUACAAUGAAAUCAAGAGAAAGAAACUGAAAUCGCAGCCAUUGCAACAGAUCCAGUUGAAUAGUCAUGCAGAGGCUAUUUUCAGCUUACUCAGUCGUCCAGUUUUUGAUAGCCAGUUCAUGCCAGACCUUAUGGUAAAAAGUCAUAGACUGAGAUAAAAGGUAUUAAAUAAGAUCUAAUGGCAGAACAAUGGCCUGUUAUAGAGAAUUGUUAAAGGAGAAGGAAGCCCAGAACUGGGUAAAGGCCGCCCUCGCCCUCAACAUCACCAAGGACGGAUUACAAGAUUUCCUGGAGGAUGUGCUGACAUGCGUUCACCAGGACAUCUAUAGCACCGUUAGAACAUCCAAGGGUCUUCCAUCCGUGGCAGCAUGUGUCCAUUGUUUCACAGAAAACGUGUUGAAGUGCCCAACUCGUGGAAUAUGUACCAGAAACUGUAGAUUUCAUAACGGUCCUUCAAAACAGUAUGUUCCUUGUCUAAUCGGGAUUUGUGAAGGUGUUCGCGAUGAAAUAGUUCAACAUCACAGGUUUUCGGGACCAUCAUGGAAGAAUACGAAUGCCAACAAAUGGAGCACCAUUCCCUGGGAGAUAGGCAAGUGUUUCCUGCCUCCUGAUGGUUACAAGACCGUGGCCUCCAUCAAAGACAGUGACUUUAACGGAGUGAUCAGCGUCAUGAUGAAUUGCGAGGAUUUCAACACCAAACUGUCGUUUAACGUUGCGACACAGCAAAAUUUAUUAACAGAGGUUCGGGAAUUUGGUCGACGCGUACGCCACUCCAAUGACCAGAGGGUCAAGGACACAGAACUAGUGGACUUCCUGUUCAAGCUCCGCACCCUGCUGGAGGAUAAGACUGACCUAGCUAACAGACCCAAGGCAAAACACGCCGUGGAACAGCUUAAGAAGCUGCAAACAGACGAUUUCAAGCUCAGUGCUGAGAACGAAGGGGAGAUAUUGAAGGAAGGACUACGACUACGUUUGGCAAACCAUUACCGAACCACGUUGGCCGACAUGCCGAUAUCUCCCAUUCUUGGAGAAAAGAACGCCAAACUCAACAAAUUCUACGUGGCACCGAAAAUUGUGGAGAAAAAUCAUAGAAAAAUCGGCAAAAAUGACAAGGAAGAAAGCGGUAAAGAUGUUGUAAAAUUUUCAGAUGUUUUCUUAAAAGAAGAUCACUUGCUCAGAAAUGUUUUCCUUGUUGGAGAACCGGGCAACGGGAAAUCCACAUUCUCCGUAAUGUGUGCCCUAGAAUGGACUCACCAGUAUUUACCAGCGGAGGAAAACGUCGGUAUUAAAACAAGCUUUGCCGACCCAGAAUUCUUCAAAGAGUUUGCAUUUUUGUUUCAUGUCACUCUACGAGAUUCAGGUAAAACGUGUGAUCUAGCACAAAUGAUCAAGGAUCAACUUAUACGUAAAAUCUACCACGAGAAGGAUGCCGAUGAUGGUUACCGGCUAUUACAGACGGUGCUGGAAAGUGAGAAAUGUUUAAUCAUAGCUGACGGCCUCGACGAAUGGACCCAUCCGGAAAACGUAAACUGUACCUGCAAAACUGAGGAAAAAGUCAUCCCUUUCCGUAAUUCGGCCAACAAGGCCACACUCUUCACGACAACGCGUCCCUGGCGAAUGUCACAGUUUAGAGUGCAGGAUUCAAAGAUCGACAAAUAUCUUGAAAUAGAAGGAGCAGCAGACACAAAGCAACUCGUGGAAAAUAUCAUCAACAUUCUUAAUGAGGAUUCUGAGGAUGAACGGACACCAGAGGCUUUCAUGAAAAUGGUGUCAGCGAAGGGUCUUAAAGGAUUAUUGUCAGCACCUAUCAGUAUCACCCAGCUCGUGUGCCUGUGGUUCGAGGGAAAAUCGUUAACUGAUUCAAAAUGUGACAUUUAUGCUGGCGUUAUAAACAUGCUGUCACGUAGACAUAGUUGUAAGCAAAGCGGGAAUAACAUUCCGGAAAUCGAUCUGCCACCCGUACUAAAGAAACAUAAAUGCUUCAUGCAAAAUCCCAUGGUUUAUCUUGCGCUGGCAAAGUUGGCAUACACAACUUUGUUUUCAGAGUGCAGAGAUUCGUCUGUUGUCUUCAGCAACACAACAGUCAACGCUUUGUUAAUAGGGGAGCAGGUUGAAUUUGCAUUAAAGUCAGGCUUACUCACGGAGAAGAAAUCCAACUCAUUAAUCGAGGAAUCAUCUCACUUUUCAUUCUUUCAUAAAACACUUCAAGAGUUUUUAGCGGCUCUUCAUUUAUGUUUAAAUGAAAACGACUACAGUCAGCUAUCAAACAAGUACGAACAAGAUAAUAAGGAAAAUAUCUUGGGAGAUGUUUCUCAGACAUUUAUUUUCAUAUGUGGAAUGAAGCCCGAGCUCGGUGUACAAAUGUCUUCAUGGAUCAAUAGUUCUAGACCACCAUUACAACCAUCACUCUACAGUGAAGAGGCUGAUCUACUUCAGGACCUGAUUCUCUCCGGGAACCGUGAAGCCAGGGCGAACAACUAUGGUGACAUACCGCUCUAUCUCGCACACUUCUGGAUUCAUAGUAUCUACGAUGUCGUAGUGUUAAAAAAGCUGAUGAUGAUAAACAAGGAACGUAUUCAGUCACUAGACAUCCGUGGAUGCAAUGAUCAAAUUAAUGGGGAAGAGCUGCAGGAGAUGAUCACAUCCUCCUCCGACUCCCUCAAAGCAGUGAGACUGUGGAACCGUGAUGGGCAGUAUGACCUGUCCCAGUGUCACAGGCUGGAAUAUCUGUGUAUAGUGGGAGACAAUACAACACGUGUGCAGGUUGAUCCAACACAUAUUACAACAUGUACCUUAUCGAGUGUAUCAUCGAAUGUUGAAAUGUACAUAUUUAGAUUAUUUAAACACGAUCAAAGGUGGAGUAAACUACAACGUGUUGUGUUAUGGAAAGUUAAGAAUGUCCAGUUACUUGUGGAUACACUACCAAGUCUCCCUCAGUUACAACACCUUGACAUAGAGCGUACAGAUCUAGGUGAUCUCCACCUCCUCCCUCCAGCCUCCAUCACCGAUAUUACACUUACGCAUGUGACAAUGACAGCGGGGGCGGUGCGGAGUCUGAUAGAGACGAUGAAGAACAUACCACACACCAUUACAUGCGACAUGCACUUAUGCAGGGUGGAACCUGCCAGUGAGAUGAAAGACAUCCGAGAACAUAUGGACAGUUCGCCGUCAUUCGAGGUUCUCCCGUUUGGCAAUACGAGUGGAAGGCUUCAUUUCAGAUCCACCAAAAUGUGAACAAUAAGUUUAGUGUUAGCAUCGAUUAUGGGAAUUCAUAUUUGAUGAAAAACAGUGAAACAAUCAAUGAAAGUGUCAUUCUAUUUAUAGAAAUAUAUGUCAUUUUUCCCUGAACUAAUUAUUAUCACCACUUUCUAUGUGUAUUCAAAGUUAAUUUGUUUUAUGCUGUGUAUUUGCAUGCAUCCAAAAAUAGAUUUAUCUUGACAGAUGACAGAGCAAUGUUGUUGGGGCUGGUGUUUUUAAUAUAUCGAACGCGGAUGAAAACUUUCUUUUUUUAAUUAUAACACAACAGUCCGUAAUCAACACGUGCAAUAGUCGGUUAAUUAAUCUUGAUCGACUUUUUUUUUUAAAGAAUCUCUUAAUAAAGCAACUAAUUUCCUAGUUUAAUGUGAUAUCAUUUGAUAAAUGUUAGGUAUUUACUUCGCUUAUGGAUUAUGAAUUAAUGGAGAAUAUUUAGUUUUUUCUUUAUUUACAAUGGCAUCCUUGCUCAGCUGUAUUUUAUAUUCUGUAUUAGAGGAGUAUACCAAUAACACGUUGACUUUCUAUGUUUAUAAUCGAUUACAUAAAUUUCACAUUAUUAUGAAAUCUACAAAAUGAUAUUAUGUAUCAACAAAUGCUACAAAAGAAAUAACCAAACAUUGAGUAGAUUUAGUUACCUAAAUAAUAGAAUAUAUAAUUGCGUAUUAUUUAACAUAUCGCACAAUUUGAUUAUAAUUGAAGAAUAUAUGAUUAAACGUUGAAAAUAU